AUGACAGAACUCGUCGGCAAUUGGCUCCACUUCAGUCCUCAACCGCUUAAACGAAAGCGCGCCGAAGUUGUUUGUUUCUAUUGCCAUUCAAAGAAGAUCAAGUGUGAUUUGCAGAGCCGGACGUCGCAAGGGCAAGCGAAAUGCUCCAACUGCGAUAACCAAGAUCAAGAUUGUCAUCUUCGGCCGUCGAGAAGGGGCAAACAGCGCCCGAGAGCGUCUACACAGGCUGAGUGUGGAACUGAAAGCGACACUAUUGUCGCCGCAGGCGACGAUGCGGGAGAGAAUGACCCAGAGCCACCCAAUCCGACAGAAAUCGAUUUUGAUGAUAACGUAAUUGACCCAGGCAUAGGUGAUACGCCAGCACAUCUGCAUACGACACCAAUUCAGGUCGCGUUCAACAUACCAUCGGCUGAGCAUGCACCAGAUAUUACGAUUGACCAUCUGACCAAGUCAAGUACAUCGCCGACAGAAGGUGCUGGCCGCAGUCAUGCAGGAGACGUUGAUACAGGAUUCCUUCAGAUCUACGGACCGGAGAAUCAACUCGAAGCAGAACAGCAAGAACUUGUCGCGAAUCUCGAGCUUCGCAAUCCAGCAUCAGAUCCUCGACAACAAGAGCUGCAACAGAGCUUUUCAGAAACAUAUUUCGAGUACUGCUAUCCAUGGUGUCCUGUACUCGACCAUGACACGCUCGACUCUGAACUUGCGCGGUCACCCAUACUUGCGAAUGCACUUGCGCUCGCCGCGAGCCACAUUCAACCACCGUUGAUACCCCACCAAGGGCCAGCCGCUUACUACGAAAAAGCGAGGAUGAUGUUUUAUAUGGAUGAAGAGCCGGAUAUACUUACAUCUCUCAAGGCUGUCUCUUUGUUCUACUGGUGGGCACCUCGGUCACCUUCGACAGCACAUCGACAUGCAAGCUGGUGGUGGACCUCUGUCAUAAUACGGCAUGCACAGCAGAUGAACAUCCACCGUGAGCCGAAACAAGAUGGCGCGGCUUCGAGUGCGCUUCACCUGAGUUUGCGGCGACGAUUAUGGUGGACUGUCUUUGCACGAGAGCGAUUGACGUCGCUUUGCCAAAGCAAACCCUGCAUCAUUUGCCCCGAGGAUAUGACGAUACAAGAAGUGCAACCGUCAGAUUUCCCAAGCAAUCCAGCAUCACAGAAAAAAGGUCGGAUAUUCAUGUACUGGGUCCGUCUUUGCGCUAUAAUGGGUAAAGUGUCCAAGGCACUAUCAAAGUCAGUAGACUCGUCCUCGGAGGCACCAACAUUCCCCACUGAGCUUAGACAAGAGCUUGUCUCGUGGGUUCAGUCUUUACCGCCAGACCUUCAACUACCAAUAGGCUCAAGUCGAACGGAAGGAUUCGAUCGAGAUGUUCAUCAAUUGCAUCUCCCGUACUUGACAACAAUCAUUGUGAUGCACUUACAGAGAACAACACCAGACUUACCGCAAGCUUUACCGCCCGCUAUCUUGGCUGCUUCAUGCAUCGCAAGAAUUCUGAGAGAUAUAUUGUCACGUGGCAACGCUCGUUUUCUCAUGGCAAUUACUUGCUGGUACUGCGGUACUGCCUUCAUCGCGUUACUACAAGCAAGUCGAAUCAAGCAGUUUUCCCAAGAAGCAAAAGACGGAUUAGACAUUCUGGACCAAGCAGUCGGACAGCUUCAGCAAAUGUGGGCUUCUGCUAAUGUAAUCAGACAAGGCUUUGAACGAUUGCGCGCUCUACCUCGGAGUAUGAUGCAUGCUGGCAAGGGUAGAGUGACGGCUUCCAAUGGCGGGCCAUCGAAUGACUUUGACUGGAAGCUUUUGUUUCCGUUUGUUACUAGAUCUACAAGUCUUAUUGCGGAUUGUCUGCUUGCUGAUGAUGAGUUUGGGACAACGGCGACGGCGCUACCGUCACCGGAGAAUGCUGUUUUUCAUGAAGAUCUGCUCAAUCGAUAUCAUGAUUUACUUGAGCCGUUUGUUGAUUAUAAUUUUGACUUUUCAAACAUUAAUCUUCAUAUCCUAUAG